UAAAAAUGAAAUCAAUACAAAUUAAAAUUCAGUCUGCGUUGAACCUUAUAAAAUUAAAUCUAAUUUGAUUGAUUGUUUAGUAAUAAGAGUCUAGGUAUUAUAAUAGUUGCGAAAACGUUGUCCCAGUAGAAGGUGCUUUGCAAUGUCUGCAGCCAAUAAAGGUAUGGAAAUUAUCGAAAGGAAGUUGUCUAAAAAAGUAGUGAUUGUAGAAGAAAAUCAAGAAAAUGUCAAAGAAAGUAAGGAAGAGUGUCUUGUAUGGUUGAAAAAGUUAUUAAAAGAUGACCUCAAGCUUAAACACUUAAAGGGAGAUGACGCCUAUUUGACGAGAUUUUUGCUAGCCGUAGAUUUAGAUGUAGAGGAAGCAUUCAAAAGAAUCAAGCAGUUUUACGAUACUUUGGAAACGCUACCCAACUGGUUCCCAAAACAUACACUCAUAGAUAAAAAAUGGGUAAUUGAAACAAAUUGUCGAAUGUUGUUGAAGGAAAAAGAUAAAGAAGGAAGGCCUAUUUACAUAUAUAAAUUGGGAUUGGUGGAUCCAUCAAAAAUGGACUUAAUCGAAGACUUAGUAGCUAUAGACGACUGUUACGUGGAAGGAAUGUUUCUGGAAAACCCUGGAAUAGAACAGGGUAUGUGCGUCAUCAUCGACGUGGCAAAUUUCCCCUACAAAGUUACCAAAUGGGCGACUCCUUACAAUAUAAGCUCCUGUCUGAAAAGAAUCUACAGUAUGCCAGUUAGAGACUACCGGUACCAUAUAGUUAAUAGUUCCAUUUGGGUCAAUCUGUUGAUAAAAAUAAUUUGGCCGUUUUUGCCGCAAUAUGUGAAGGAACAGGUAAAAUUCCACUUUAACGAUUACAACAGCCUAUAUCAAUAUGUCGACCAAAAUGUAUUGCCAGAAGAAUACGGUGGUUCAUUAAAAAUAGAACCGGAUGAACUAAACAAGACCUUUUUAAGUUAUAAUUCUAAAAUAAUGGAUAAUUUUAAAUUGCACAGGUAUCAAUACCUAGACAACCUGAAAGAAGAGAUUGUACCUAGUAAUAAUUAAUUUAUUUAUUAUAUUGUAGAGAUUAGAGAAUAAAGAGAAUUUAUAGUUGUACA